AAAUUAUGAGGAUUCGCAAUCUUAAUUUCACUUUAUUUGAUUUACCGUGAAAUUCAUCGGUACUUUUUCAUUGCAAACAUACUAUAGUUAGUUAUUGGUUUUAUUUAACGUCGCACGCACAACUAAGGUAUUUCGGCGACGGAGUAGUACACUUUUUAUGAAAUGAGGGGGAACAGAAAAUAGAAAUGUUAAAAGUGUGGUGUUACUAAAGAACAACAACAACAAAAACCGACUAUUAAGGGAACUUUAAAUGGGAGGCCGAAAUAAAUCUUCCAAGGGGGUCUUAGGUCGUUUAUAUCUGUAUAGAUGUUCAACCUGUAAAGGUAAUGUCUUCCAGCAACAGCACGCGAAAACAAAUUGCUCAUGCGUCCCCCGAGCACAUUGUUCCACUUCUGAAAUAAUGAAAGGUGUUAACGACAUCUUAUUAAUCUCUUAAACAAGAGUUUCUUAAAUGAGUUAAUCUGCUCUAGAAAUACAAACUCGGGUUACUGCCCUGGAGGUAGUUGCGAAUUAAAGUGGCAGACAUUGUUUUUACUUCCAUUUGUCAGGGAAUUUCACACAUGCACGUGUUGUUUUAGGAAUAGAGCUAAUUAAUUGUGCUGACUUUGACAUCUAAUAAGCUCGAGUUGUGGCAAGGAGCCCUUCAAAGUUAAUCCCCUUUCAGACGCUGAUAUUGUUCCGUCACCUCAUUUGUGGAAUUGAUCACCGUUAUAAGCUGACCGUAGUAAAUCUGACCGCACGGGACAUUGGCCUCAACCAGAAGCCGACGUUAAACUUGAAAUCAUCAUCAUCUGACCGCAACUCAGUUGUAGCUAUUUAACAGCCGACACGGGACACAGACGGAUAUGACCACGUGAACAUCGAUCCGCAUCGAGACUUGACAAUACGAUACACCAGGACCGUGUUUGUAAGUCAUUGCUGGUAAGACACCAAUAUCGUAUUACCCGGUUUCACAAGCCACACCUGAAUUGAACGCGAAUACCAGGUCACAUCGAUCGCCUGGGUGUGCUUGCUGGGUGAAGUUAACACAAGGAUAUAUCAGGUUCCAUAGCUGUAUAGGAUAUAGGCAACUUGUUAAAAACAAACUCCUGUGUAUCUGAUGUGGUGGUAAAGAAGAGCACACCUGUACGUUGUCAACAAGAAAGUUUUACCGACGACUGAUGUGGAAAGGAGACCGCUUGUGGAUUUUUUACAAAACCAGUUUGGAGUGUCGCCAUAGAAGGGCUUAUUCAUGUAUGGGAUAAAGAUGUUGACGAAAACCUUCCGUGAUCUGAAGCGUUACAGGCCAGUCGACAUGCGCAAAAGGAAUUUGAAAAAAGUAUGGAUCCUGCUGAUAGUCAUGACAUUUGCAACUUACUUCCUGCAAAACUGGUUCUGUUUCACGCCUCCAGUACCGGACCUUGACCCUCGGGGUCAUCCACACAAACCACAUAGCAACCAGCACAAUCAGCCGGAAAAAGCGGGCACUCAACACAGAAGGAAGUUAAAUGAUCCGGAAAUAGAUUACAAGCAAAUGGAACCAAUAGUUGCACCAGAUAGACAACAGAUACAACCACAGCAACAACAGAAGAGGCAACUCCAAAUUAAUCUGGAUUCCAAAACCAACAAUAAAACACUCAACGCUGGGGCCAGUUCCGUGACAAAACUUGAGAGCUGGAUAGUCGUACUUUCUUCAAACGAAUGUGACGUCACUCACUUCAACAAAAUACCAGGAUGGAAAGUGGUCGUUGUCGGCAAGACUCCGAAAGGGUGCAAGCCUUCCAGCGCCUCUCACUGCACAUACCUCAACUCUGGGAAGGUGAAAUCCCUCGGCUAUGCUAUUUCCAAACUUCUCUCAGGAAACUCAGACAGCAUGAAGAUGAUUGGUUACCUGUAUGCCAUCUCCAAAGGAGCCACCGUCAUCUACGACACGGAGUGUCACAUCUUUCCCAAAUUCAACCGUUUGGACUUCGCAAUGUCUGGCAACACCAGCAGUCUGGCAUUUGCUGAUGGCCCCAUCUUUAAUCCAUAUGGUCAUUUUGGAUAUCCCAUGUUAUUCCCCCAAGGGUUCCCCCAGAACGCGCUGUAUGUCAAGGGUCCCCAUCGCUAUCGUAUAGUGGACAUAGAGGUCCCGCUCAUUCAACAAGGUCAAGUGAAUUUCAUGUUAGGAAAGCAGGACGUGUCGUAUCUUAAACUCACCAAGGACCACAAUAUUACAUUUGACAGGUCAUCCCCACCCGUCUGUCUGUCGGGCAAUAGGUUUGGACCAAUCGGCUCCAUGAACACCGUGUUUCUUUACAAAUCAUUUCUCACUAUGUUCCUGCCUACCAAAUGCAAAGGUUCCUGUAGCUCAGUAAGAGGAUACUUUGCGCAAAGACUCUUGGCGGAAAUUGGUGGUAGUACUGGAUUCCUGUCCUCCACAGCUUACUCUUUAACCCAUCCUACUGGUAACAGCAAAUUUGUGAUUGGUAAGCAGUCAACAGACAAGAGCACUGAAAAUUUAAUCGGCUUGUUGAAGAACUGGAAAUGCACCCCAAGUCUCAGCAUGUUUGCGUGUGCAAAAUCUCUUGUUGAUCACCUCGUGAAGCAUUCGUUCAUGUCCAAGAAAGACAAAGCCUUGUUUGACGCAUGGGUCACAGACUUGAAGAAGCUUAAAUUCAAAGAACCAAGACGAAGAACCAUUGCCGAUGUUGAUUCCAAUCCCACCAUGUGGAACCCUCAGUUAACGUAUGCAUCGUCAAGAACUAUCCCAGCAGAGAUUUUGUUAGGCACUGACACAACCCAAAAGCAUAUUUCAAAGCAUAUUUUCAAGAAACUAUACGACACGUGUCCUAAACUGAAGUAUACCCUCUCGGAUUGGCUCAAUGCCCCAAUAACAGACAUCAUGCUGGUUGUGAUAUUAAAUUAUGAAUUUCUUCAUAAAAAUCUCGCCUACCUAGAAUUUUCUCACAGGAGAUAUUUCAGACAUAUUAUGUAUUGUGGGCCAAGCUACCCCGGGUUUGACAAAAUUCUAAAAGAGACGAAUAUGGAACAUAUUACAUACGUUGAAGGUGUGGAGAAAGACUCGUGGUUUUUUAUAUACACGUGCCUCAUUCAUGCAGCGAAUAUGAGGCUAAAUGUAAAGGGUUAUCUCUAUAUGGGGGAUGACAUCCUCCUUAAUCAUUGGAAUCUUGUUGAUCUCCCAAGAGACACAUUCUGGAUGCCAAUGCCUGUAGCCUAUGUCGAAAGGAAUCAUACAAGCAAAUAUUGGUGGUACUAUUGGAAUAAGCCCAUUGGAAGGAAGGCUGCGAAUCUCUUUAUAGAUGACUUACAAACUUCCGCGAAGAAGAACCCCAAUGAUGCAAUUUUGAACAAUUUUUUGAAAGAGUAUGAUAAAAAUGUCAAUCUUAGCAGAGCUGUUCAUCGAUCAAUUGAUGUGUUUUAUGCUCCUGCUCGUUAUAAUGCAGAACUGAUCAGACUUGGGAAGAUGUUCAGGAAACAUAAUACCCUGCUUGGUCUAACAAUUCCUAUGCUGCAUGCUGGUCUCGCUAACUUCAAAGACUCAUUUCACCUCAAAGGGAAGAGUCUAUGGAAGAAGGACAGAUCAAAUAACCUGGAUGCGUUCAAGGUUGACUCUCAUUAUAUUCAUCCUUUCAAAGCAGGAACAGAUUUGGACAGGAAAGAAGGAAAACACUUCUUUUGUGAUUAUUAUUUUCCACUUUCGGAAUCGAAGUUAUUAGAGAUAAGGAACAAAUUGCACAAGAAUAGGUAAAACAAAGUCCCAGGACGAUUAUGACGAUUGUCAGAGAAGAACUUGUGAAAAAAUAUAAACAUAAAUUGUCUCAUCACAUUUAUCCUGAACAAAAAACAGAAAUGUGUGUAUAGUGUUUUGUGGAAUUGGGUGGACGAAAAUGUGUUUUGAAGUGGAGCACAUGAAUUGCCUUGGGAAACUGGGUGUCAUGAAUGGUGACGUUUAUAUGUGUUUGUGGGUGCUUAUUGUGGACAUGACGUGCAAUGCUCAAUGGACAUUUCUGUAAAUAUCGAGCCAAAUUGUACUUUUAUGAAAAUAUAAUAUAUUAUAAUAUAUUCACACAGUGGGAUUUCGUAAUAAAAUAUGGAAUUACA